AUGUUAUUCGUCUUCGGGAAGCUAAUUGUGGGGUGGGGUGGCCUCUUGUCGGCGGCUACUGCGGCUUUCUCCUUCAGCGCUCCCAAUCAUCGUCGUUAUCCUCCCAAACCAGGAAGUUGCGGGGAACAGGAGUGGGGAGGCGGGGAACCGCCAGCCAGACCUGCUCGACGGCUAAAACCGUCCCGCGAACCCCUGGUGAUAGUGAAAUUUGCGAAGGACAAACCAGGUGGAAGUGAAAGGAUCGUCGGUAGGAACAAAGAGGUCACAAAGCCAAUCCAGCAAUUUUUAAAAGCUUCAACGUUGAGAACGUCAAUUGUCAAAAUGCAAAAUACCUAUGUCAUCAUUCGUAUCAUCAUCACGCAUUUAUCUCUGCUCCUAUGCAACAUCUCGUCUGAAGAGACGUUUACAAGAUUUUGUCUGAACGCAGGACGUCAUGGCGAAGGAACACUCCAGAACUCUUACACCUGUGUAAUAAAAUACCCUGCACCGACAAGCAAUGAAGAAGAAGCGGAAGAAUUUUGCCGAGCUAAUUCACCUUUUGCUUUGGAAUCAUUUCGUUAUGGGGAGCCCACUAAAUGUAUUCAUGUAAAAGAGUACAGCUGUGAGGAAAACGAGGAAGAAGUUAUGGGGAAAUGUUUCGCACUGGCGGAGAGCAAAGGAAAACCGUUUUCUCGCGAUGCAUGCCCUCCAGAAUACACUUUACAUGUUCUUGAAAGCAGAGAAGAAUUUCAAUGGAUUGCAGUAUCCUUCCGACAAGCGAAGAGAGUCUGGGUGGGAAAUUUUGGAGCAAAUGCACGAUUUUUGAAACCAACAGAUUUCAAAAAACAAAGGCGACGAAGAGAUAAUGAAAAACCGAUAUUCAUUCGGUUGAAAGAAAGUGCGAAUCCUAGCGAAAGAAGAGGACAUGCCUACUAUGGCCAAACAAAUUUGCAAAUUCCAUACCUGUGCUCCAGACAAGCAGAACCUUUUGCAGAAACUCUCGCUCACAACCGAGAAUAUUUGGAGGACAUUGGAAUAACAAGUGCUUUCAUGGAAGGAAAAGAUGGGAAUCGACUUUUUGCGUCUUUCAACAUACGGUUCGCCGUCGAAGCCAAACAGUUCCAAGCAAACUUCGAAAAAAUCCAUGAAGCGUGCAAUGUUUUUGGGAAAGGCUUUCCCGUUUCUCGCGACGAUUUUUUGACAAGAGAUGAGUUUGCUGCAGUUCUGAAAAAAAUUGGACUUACUCUAGCAAGAGUUUCAGUGGGGCGUGCGCCUUCUUUUACUAUGAUGCCAGAUAAAGCAUGUAAAAAAGAAAAGUACUUCAGAACAAACAGGAAAAAAUGGAGCUACUAUGACAAAAAUGGAACAACAUUCGUGGUUGCUGAUGAUCACUGGAUGAGUGGAUAUCCAGACAACAUGUGUUCGGAUACGCCUAGAAUCACGGUUGGUAUGGCUUCGUCUGGCUACAUAGACAUUCCAGCAAUAGCUCGCAAGUCCAUUAUAUGUUUGAUAGGCGACAACAAAGAUGGCGGUGCAAAAGGCCCUCGCACAGGAGCGCGACAACGCGGAGAAUAUUGCAAUAAAGCGGCUAGAUACAAUAAGAAAUUGAAACGAUGCGAAUGCCUUGACCCCAAAUCUGACGGGCGAGUGGUUGAUCCGGAAACAUAUGGACAUUACCCUCCUGGCGUUGUGUGCAUGUCUUGCGCAACUUCUGAGAAGAAAAGAUCAAUUCUGUUCCUUCUUGAUGGUAGCGGAACUUUAGGAAAUGAAGGCUGGAGAAAGGAGCUCGAAUUCAUAUCCACAAUUAGCAAAGGUGUUGGAAACGCCAGAACUGCGGUAUUAUUCACAGGACGUGACGAAGAAAUGGUUACCGCAAUGGCUUUUGGCCGCCACAGCAAAGCAGAUCUCGAGAACUUCUGUAAUGAAUAUCGUGACGACUUUCCUCACGGGUGGACAUUUGUGGGAGCGGGUAUGAGAAUGGCAAGACGAAUGCUCAAGAAGGAGACCGCAGAGGAUCGCAUACUAAUGAUUUUUUCUGAUGGAGAGACGGAUAAUAGAAAUGGCGGAGACGAGUAUGAGAAUUUAAAACGGAAGCAAGUCGUAGAAGCUGAGGCAAUUAGAAAAGCUGGCAUUCGCAUCAUUUACAUAUAUGUAGCAACUCAUGAUGAAUUCCUGGCCAAUGCAAGGAAUGUUGGCGGCUCUGGUUUUGUAUAUGUCGGCGACUACAAUAACUUGCGCAAGUUUGCUGGAGAGACCCUGAAGAAAGUUUGCACUCCCGUCGUUUGACAACAAGAUAUUCGAUACGAUAACAUUGCUUCAUCAAUGAAAAUUCGUUUCAUGUUGAGCAAAUGUCUUUUACUGUUUGUUCCAGCACUCAAUAGCACCUGUGCUUCUUAGACUUCAGCAAAAUAAGCGUCUUAUGGCCUCCGAAUUCAAGGCAAUCAUCGAAGUCCCCUUUGUGAAUAACCUUUCGGCUUUAAUAAUAACACUGACGAAAGGCUACGUCAUUUUUUACUUUUUUUAACAUUAUCUUGUACAUAGACUUGCUUAAUGAAUUCCGGCGCAGUCACUGAUUUGUACAUAAGUUUAACCCGGAUCUCUACAGUGCUGGACGCUAUUAUAAUUCACUUCGAAGUCACCGUAAGCCUCUUCGAUGAACAUGUCUGAAAUUCUCUCUCUACACAUACAAGACUACAAUCGUUCCUCAAAGCGGUUUCCAAUCUCUCUUCUUGAAAUUCGAAUGGGACAUAUUGAGAAAUCUCAUAUCUGAACCAGCGGGGCACUGCAAUAAGUC